CCCCCAUCUCUCAACCCCGUAGGAUCUGCCGCUUCCUCGACCUGCAUCGGCGCCGCUUCCUCGAUCUGUCCCAGCGCCGUUUGGAUCGUUGCGGCGACGGCUUCGUCGGUCUUCAGCUCCGCCACCUACAUCCUGAAGGAGUACGAUCUCGUGGCUGGAUGGCGACGGACAUGUUGACCAUAUACCUGCACUACGAAGAUACAAAUCAGGAAGCCAAAAUUUUACAAAGAUCCAUGAUGAGACAUGAUGAAAACCUCCAAUCAAAUGAUAAUGGUAUUUCUCGGUCACCAGUACUGCUUGGUAAAACAAAGAGAAUCCAGUGCAAUGGACCCGUUGAGGCACGCUCAUCUAUGCAACAUGACAUUCCUGAGGAUAAUAAUUUAUCAUGUUCGCAUGAAAAGGUUGGCGACCAUGAUGUCAACCAAUUACAAAUUCAACAAAAUUCAUCAUCACCACAAGACCUUGUUAUUGUUCUGUGCUAG